ACAAGCAAUGACAAGAUGAAAGUUAUUGCUUUGAUUGUUACACUUUCAACAACAAUCUCAGCCCACACUUGUCGGUGGGAACUGAUUCCCACGAGGAACAACAGCCCCGAGCCUCUGCCGAAUGUGUUGGUCGAUCCGAAUGAUGUUAUCUUCCAGCUCUACACGCUAGCAAACCCAAACAGUCCUCAAAAUCUGACACCAGUUGGCUCUUAUGUUGGAAAAUUUGUUGCCUCAAAACCAACAAAAUUUGUAAUCCAUGGGUGGAAGAAUGAAGCAGAUGAAAUGAGGGAAAUCCGUGAUGGCAUGGACCCAGCAUUUCCUCUCUACAGUUUAGAGCCCAUUGAGAACCGCCUUGACGCAAGUGAUGCUAGCUUUGUACAGGUGAUACACACCAAUGGUGGACUUCUGGGAUGGAAAGAUCCUAUGGGCACAGCUGACUUUUACCCAAAUGGUGGAACAUUCCAGCCUGGCUGUGGCAUUGAUAUUGGAUAUACCUGCAGUCAUGCUCGGUCAUUUUACUAUUUUGCUGAAUCCAUAACAACAGAGAUAGGUUUUACGGCACACCAAUGUGGCAGCUGGAAUGACUACAUGAGUGGAAAUUGUGCUGGGAAUCCAACAGCUCUCAUGGGAGAGACUACCCCAACCAGUGUAUCUGGAACAUAUUAUUUGGCAACUGCAAGUUAUCCACCAUAUGCUCUUGAAUUUCCACCAUUUUCACGGGCAUGGUGUUACCAACAUGAAGGAUAUGAGGAAAUAGUAAUUUUCAUCUUGAUUCCAUGUAUAGCUCUCAUUAAAUAAAUAAUUUUCUCCAUGGCACUGCAUAAAAACUGCCUUAUUUUCCUAGAAAACAGCAGUACUGAAUAUACAAUUUUAGUCAAAUAGACUUCCCUAGAAAAUUGGUAUGUCUACAUUUGAUCACAUAAUUGAAGUUAUGCCUAAGUGUUCUUUAACAAUUGUGCUAUUUGCCAUUUAGUGUGCAGUAAUUGCGUAUUUUAUUAUGCUCAUCUAGCAGUGCUAGAUAAUUAAUAAGAUCAACAGAGGUCUGUAGAUUUCUUCACCAAUUAAAAGAAAUAAAUCAGACAUCACUGUUGCAGUCAGACUUACCAAAUCAUGCAAGAGUAUUAAGAGAAACUGCAGGUUCCUGACUUUACAAAAACUAACUGGUUAAAACUGCUACCAGUAUUUUAGUUCUAAAUCACCAGUAUUUUUUGUAUUUCUUUGGUCUCAGUCACAACAUAUGUUUUUGCUUUUUACUAAUACCUGAGUAAAAAACUGAAACAUUAAUUUGCCAUAGCAGCAAUGCUAUUUUUGUGUUUUUAGUAAACUGUUUUUAAAAAGGGAGUAAUUUGUAUUCAUAAAAUCUGCAUUGGUUUGAAAUAUUAUGUCAUUAUAGAAAAUAGGAAAAGCAGCCAGUGCUACUUUUAAUAACAACGCCAACAGAAAACAAGCAAUAAAAACAUGGCAUUAGAGUUGGCACAGCAUUGCUAAGACCAUGAUGACUCUGUUGCCUUGUGUCAUGGCUUAAAGUAUGGUGUACAUGCGAUGUACAAGACUUAUCCUCUCUUGGUCUAUAUGGUAGUUUCUUAUUGUCUUUGCCAGACAUGUGUUGUGUUGCAGAAGAGCACCAACCUUGGUUUGGAAACAUUGUUCUUAAUUUAUAUUAAUUAUUUUCCACAGUGGAGCAUGGAGAAAAAGUACUUUUUGCUAAUGACAGUAAUAUACUGAUUACCAGUAAGACACCUGAUCUGCUAUUGGAAAAAACCCAAUAAAGCACUAGCAUUUGUUUACGAAUGGUCUACAGAGAACAUAGUAACCCUCAACAUUAAGAAAACUAACAGCAUGUACUAUAGAAUAAAGAAGAAGCACAAGUCCAUAAAUUUAAAACUACACAACUCUUCAAUAACAGAUAUAACUAACAUUAAAUUCCUAGGACUGCACGUUGACAGCCAACUAAAAUGUAAUGAACAUGUGUUGAUUAUCUCAAAGAGGGUCUCCACAGCAUGCUAUGUGCUUAGAGUUCUUGCAUCAGUAUGCAGUGACAUCUGUGUAAUGUCAGCUUACUUUUAUUAUGUGCAUGCUACCCUUAGCUAUGGUAUAAUCUUUUGGGGAAAUAGUACCCAGAAUCUACAAACAGUUUUCAGAGUACAAAAGAGAGCUGUAAGAAUAAUGCCAAAAUGCAACAAAUGGGUUUGUUGCAAAGAAUUAUUUAAAAACCUGGGCAUUCUGACUGUUCCUUGUGAGUUUAUUUUUCAGAUCAUAAUAUACAUCAGAAAAAAUAUUGACAGUUAUAGUUUGAAUAACAUCAUUCAUUAUUAUAACACAAGGCUGAGCCAUUGCCUCCAUUUAGAUAGUGAAAUUAAACUAAAAGUUCACAACAAUCUUGAUUAUCAAGGCAUGAUAAUCAAUAAUAAAGUGUCACAGAAUAUAAAAAAAUUAGCACUACUAUGUAUUCUUAAAGGAAACCGUAAAACUGUUUUUGAAAGAGCAUUGUUUCUACACUUUGGACGAAUGUCUUAAAUGAAAACCAUAGAAUUGUUGGGAACACCUAAAAUAAGUUAUACCUGACAUUUUUUUUCAUCCAUGUAUUAUAUAUUUAUGCCUAUGUACCUAUGUCUACUAGUUCCAUAUCAACACACCUAGUAUAUUUAUUUAAACAAUAUAAAUUAUCAUUUUUCAUUUAUGUAAUAUCUGUGCAGCACUUUGUAUUUAUGUAUUUAAGUUGUACAACAUAAUACCUCUGCUUAUUAAAGAAUGUACAUGGCAUUUGUUAAGAAAAUAUUUAGACUUGAUACCACAAUUUGUACAUUGGAGGAUGGAUAAAUAAAUAAAUAAAUAAAUAAAAAUAAAUUUCUGUGAAGUGACAUAGCAGUGGAGUAAAAUGCUUCAUAUGCUUUACGAGAUUAAAUAUUUGUCUGUCAUUUCUAUUAAAUGAGAAAUCAAGAAGGAAAUUAUGGUGACAGUAAUAAAUUAAAAACUUAAAAACAAUGAAUUCACAGUAUAAAAUAAAAACAGAAUGUAGCUUAUAACUACCUGUGUCUACAUAAUAUGGUGUUAUCUGCUUGUAGUUCUGAAAAUUGACAAAUUAAUAUGAAAAAUGGAGUUCUGCAAUGUCAGUUUUCAUCAUUUAGCAUUGACUGUUUCUAAUUCCCAAAUUGUGUCAUGAUUUCUGAUUACAACAUGACAUUUGAGCAAAGUUUCAAAAACUUGGAAUCAGUGAGAGAAUACUGGUGAUUUCUUGUAGUAUCAACCACUUAUAACUUUUUGAGAAAAAAGCAGAUGGAGGAUAGUUUUCUUUUAUUCGUCUAUUUAUACAUUUUGAUUGUAUAUUUCUUGAAACUGAGACAGUCAAAAUUUUUCAAUCUGUUUGUUUGUUACAGGAAGUAAUAGGAAUAAAAUCUCAAUACUCAGUUAUUUCGGAAACUGAUUAUUUUGAGCAGUAUUAAUAAUUGGGAUGGAAGAAAAAUAUAAAAUAUAACUGAAAACUGGUUGUUUAAGUGAUAACUGUCAUUCCUACUUUGCACUUCUUUUCAGUCUUUGUUUCACUGUUUUGGAAACAGUUGACAACACCAUAAUGAGAACUCAAUAAUAUCAGGUAAAACCUGAUAGUGGUGUAAUUGCAAGUCAAAGCUGAGAAGAUCAAAUAGUGUUUCACUCUCUCAGUAGCACUUACAGGGCAUGGUGAAGAACACAGGUAAAGUUACAAACUACAGAGGUAAUUACAACAAGAGAACUCCCCUAGUAGGGGAAUACCAGGUGAGCAAUAAUCUAAACAUAACUAAAGUUGUCACCAAUCACAGUUCUUUUGUUAAAACCAUUAAUGAAGAAAAUUAUGUCAUAAUCAUUGGUGUUUAGGCAAUAUUUUGGAAUACAGGCUCAGUUAUGCAAUGGAACAUGAAGUCAGGCAUGCAGCUAAGAAUGACUGUCACACAAAUGUGAAUAUUGUGUUGUCUUUUGUUUAAUAUGAUAGCUGCUACAUUAUAUGUUAUUUUUAAUUAGUAAAUACAGAACUUUAGUAAUUCCUAAGUAAAGUGAGACAUUCUCACAAGAACUUGUAUAAAAUCAGCUACUCCUCACUCUCAGAUCACAUUUAUUAUAUCCAGGAAGAGGUAAGUUACAUAAUAACAAGGAUUGUUUAAGGGUUUUUCAGAAAGUAAAGUUACAAGUCUAAUGAAAAUGUGAGAAUUUUUAUCACAUGGAUGUUUCCUCGUUUCUAUGUCUGUAAUCACACAGUUCUCUACAUUUCCCUUUUGAAGUAAAAGUUAAAUUUGGUACUAUUGUUUUCAGUCCAUAUGACAAAAGUGAAAGUUCAUGCAGCUAUUUGUUUAAUAAAUUAAAAAUGGGUAAGAAGAAUUCAAUUUAAUCUCCUUCCUGGUUGUCAUGACAACAGUAAAAAUUGGAUGCUGAUAACCUUGCCUUUGAGCACUCACAAGCUCCAAAAAUUGGAGAAAAUGUAUUUGAAUUUCAAAAGGAAAGAAAUGAUGUUGGUAAGGGAGAAUAAGUGGAAUACAUCAAUUGGGAAAAUGUAAUGGAAUCAUACCUAAAGCAACUGGUAGACUUCGGUCCAUUGACAGGAAACUGGGAAACUGUAAUCAGUCUACGACAAAGAUUGUUUAUAAAAUAUUUGUGGACAAGUUCAGAAAUAUUGAUCAAUGUGUGGUACAAACAUUAAAAGGGCCUUAAUAGGUGAUAUUGAAUUAUUUCAAAACGAAUGAUGUCCAGUUUGUUUGACUCAUAGGUGAAUAUCAAACUAAUGCAAAAGAACCUGAAUUGGCAGACACUUGAAUAUAGACAUUAACUAUAUUGCAAAACAGCACUUACAAAUCAUCAAUAACUACUAUUUAGGGAAGAAAACAGAAGUGCACUAGAGCUCCUGUAGGGACCAGAAAGACAAGGUUAGAAUGCUAACAGCAUGUACAGGUCCAUUACAGCAGUCAUUCUUUCCACACUGCACUUGUAAACAGAAUAGUAAGAAAUCCUAAUUUGGGGUAGAAAUGGGAAGUAUGUAGUGGCAUGCACCUCUGUCAUUUCCAGACUACGACUUUAGACACAGAUGCAGAUGUAUAGCUCAUCUGGAGAAAUGAAAAUGUUGAAUAAAUACUGAAGUUAAUGAUUUUCCACAUUCAGCGAUCUUCAGAAUUGUCAAGACCUUUCUUGGCAUAAUUCAGACUGUUUAUACUUUUUGAUGAAAGAAGCAGAAACAGACUUAGUUAUGAUUU